UUUCCCUCGCCACGGGAACUCGGUCGCCGUCUCCGUGUAUCGUUACUCGCGCGUGGAGUUGGAGACGUUCCUCUUCUCUCUCUCUCUCUCGUGAAAAAUCGUCGUGUGCGUGGCGUGCGUGCGUGGCGUGCGAUUCGAUGAUAACAAGGGGAGUCUGACAUGUGUCGGAGCGUCGCGUGCGAUCGCGUACGCUGCACCGAUAUAUAACACAUAGACGAAAAGAGACCGACGACGACACUCAUCGUCAAAGGGCGGGCAAACGGCCGGAUCCAGGGUCAAGCGAUGUGUACAGUGACCGCGGGGUGCACGAUGCACGCGCGGCGCAUCGUCGUAGAGUGAGCGACAGUGUGAGUAGAGUAUUCACGAUCGACAUCGGAGAGCGUGCUUCCUUUUGCCGAGUGACCGGAAGACAGUGCGCGCAUUCCUCAAAGUGACGUAUAUACAUACAAAGCGGCGAGGGGAAAAAAAAAGCGACGAACGCCGGCAGCGCGCGCGCGCUUCUCGUUUUUCGCUCCGCGUCCGCAUGAAUAAUAUUCGGUCCAUAGUUUUGUGUGUAUGUGUGUGUAUCGCGAGAAAGGGAUAGGACGUCCCUUCGUAAAGGAAGACAGCCGCGGCAGAAAAUUGGACAGGAUCUCUCGACUCGUCAAUCCGCAUGUCGGCUGAACCACGCGAAUUCGGAUCAACCCCGAAGAUCAUCUUUAUAGAGUGACCCCACGGUCGGAAAGAACGAUCGAGGCCAUGGAUGUGGACGGAGAUUCGGUGGUGGAUUUAAGCAUCAGCAGUGGUGGCAGGCGCAAUUCCCCGUCCCUUUCAGUAAAUUCUGGAGAUAUCCCAUUAGACCUGGGGAUCCAUCUUCAUGCUUCUCCUAGUCCUCCAGAGAAUGAUAUGUUAGAGGCUCGUAAUAUACAAAAUGCGACACGAGGUAUUUUGGCGCCUAAACGAUCGCAUGGGGACGAACGCAAGCCACGUCGUAAUCUUAGACCUAGAAUCGAGAGGAGCUAUGCUGAAAGUCCCGAUGAACCUAGAAUGAAUGGAUAUUUAAAUGGAAAUGCAUCAGACAGUGAUGAAGGUGAGAUGCCUCCAUUACUGCCAAUCAAGGAAUUGUCAUCCGAUGAGCUGGCUGAACGUGAAAGAGUACUGAGGAAGUGCAAAGAAGAACUUAAAACGGAAGAGAUGAAAUUGGUACUUCUAAAGAAACUACGUCAAUCGCAACAGCUCAAGGAGAAUAUUGCGGCAGUGCCAAAGAUUCCCAGCAAAUUACCACCGCCAAUAUCAGUGCAGCAAGUGCCCCACAGAGGGGGAAAAGCACCACCACCUUUGCUCAGAGGUCAACCUGCCCCAAGCAGAAGUAGCAGUUUACAUGCUCCACCACCUGGCAUGGUACUUCCUCCUACUGCUGGUCGAAAUGCCAUUCCAAAUGCAGGAAUGCCUCCAAAUAUGGUGAUACCGCAACCUCCUCAUCCUAGAGUGAGACCGCCCUCUAAUGUAGCGGCUGCAACUGUGUCAAGUUAUCAUGCACCAACGGAUAGAACAGAAAGGUCCACGAAAGAUCCAACUCCUGCCCCUGCGCAUCAAGUAAGUAAGCUGCUUGCUGGAUCGCAAGAAAAUAAAACCACCACAUCCUUAAGCACACCUGUGAAUUCAGAACAGGAGAGAACAACGCGGGACGAGACACCUGCUCAACGUCAAGCAGCCGCCAAGAUGGCUUUAAGAAAGCAGCUCGAGAAAACUUUGUUACAAAUACCGCCGCCGAAGCCACCGCCUCCGGAGAUGCAUUUUGUACCAAAUCCCUCUAAUACGGAAUUCAUAUACUUGGUCGGCUUGGAACAUGUAGUCGACUUUAUAACGAAGGAACCGGCCAUACCGCCACCUCCCGAACCCUUCGAAUGUUCGCAAUGCAAAACAGAUUUCACGCCCGUGUGGAAAUGGGAGAAACCUAUGCCCGGCGGUAAGAAAGACAGUCCUAGAGGGCAACAUGCAACUUUCCAACGGCCCUCAGCAGGUCGCGAUCCGAGGGUAAUAUGUGAACAUUGCGUGACCACUAACGUGAAGAAAGCAUUGAAAGCAGAGCACACUAAUCGAUUAAAAACUGCUUUCGUGAAAGCGCUACAACAAGAGCAAGAAAUAGAGCAAAGAUUAGCACAGGCGGCAUGUCCGAGUCCAGAUCCUCCGGCUCCGAAACCAGUUCCUAAGGCAGCUACUCCUACGAGAAGAGUGGCCACGCCGCCUGCACCGCCGCCGCAAGUACCACCGGCGCCCACGUUAACCCCGACACCUCCAGCGCCAAAGUUACAAGAACAUCCCUUGGUGAAACUGGCCGAGAGUGGGAAAUUCAAUCCGCAUCACGCAGCUGCCGCGGCAGCCUUGCAACAACAAUUGCUCAGAGAAUUGGCAAAGAAUCCAGUGCCGGCUAUGACGCCACAUCAACCGCUCCCCGCUCACAUGAUGCCACAUUUUACCUCUAUUUUGUACCCCUAUCAAUUAGCAAUGGCGCAGGCUGCGGGCGGCAAAGGUCUCGCGGAGUUACAACGACAGGCGGCGGAUCUCCAACGCCAGUAUCUUCUCGAUAUGAUUCCGUCGCAAACAUCCCAAGCGCAAGGUAAUCAAGCACCACCGAGAGCUCAUCCGCACAACUGGAAAACGUAACCGGACGCAUCUAAGAGAUGAUGUAACGGUAAAUACAAAUAAAUGAAACAUUAGUGAACGUGUGUGUAAUGGUGGACUAAGGUGAAAACUAAGCGAGAUCCAGUAAAGUGCGCGAUUGGCCAUAAAUCCGUGCGUCUGGAAUGGUUAUGCUGUGUACCAAUCGCAGCGCUAAUGUCUCGGUUAAGGUAAAGCUCAACUUGAUACAUUGAAGAAAUAAGAGACAUUCGUUAGUAUUGUAUAAAUAAUAAUAACCGUUGUGAAUAUGUCAAUUGACGUGUAAGUUUAUUGUUAUUCUUCCUCAAGGGUUAAGGUUUUAUUUCUGUCACCGAAACGUGCGUAACGUACGUGCGAAUUCAGAAUCAUGGCGACGUCGUUAUUUAGUGCAGACCAACACUAGAACUUUCUACGAUUGAGAUUAUCGUUUCAAUUUUUUCUUUUCAUCUGAUCUUUUUUUGAGGCAUACGCAUAACAUUAUUAAUUUUCGUUAACGUUAAUUAAUUCAACAACAGAUGAAUAUAAUAAAUGGUUUAAAUAUGUCGAAGAGCAUAUAUAAUAUAUUAAAUGCGAUUGCUUGGAUUAUAAAUAACAUAGAUUUGUCUGACUAGGCGUUUUGCGCGAGCGCCAUCCCUCGCUUGCGCUCGAUCAUAUUGCACCAUGUUCAUUCUUUUAUCCGCGUUCUUCUUUCUUGCAUUAUUUACAAAAACAGCUUUUAUAAUUAAUGCAAGAGAAAUUAUUAUUAGUGAAAUAAUAUUCUUUUGUGCAAUUUAAACUAUUACUCUCACAUUUUACGCAUUUUUUCUUUAUUCCGUCGUCUUUAUUGUACGAAAUAAGUAACACGUGAUAUGAAAGUAUUCGUUCGCUCGCGUGACGUCAUCAGUUAGACAGCUCUUUGUUAUAUACAAUAUAAUAUAAAGAACCAAAUAGAUAUUUGCAAGGCACUAAAUAAACCGAUGAUAAGUAUAAAACAAGUCGAAUGGUUAAGAAUAAAUAAAGGAUAAUUGCGGAGAAUGUAACGUGAGAUGACGGUAAACUGAUGGAAAGGAUCUUUUUAGGCCCUUAGAUAGUUAAGACGAUCUUUUUGCCGCUGGUUUCAAGGAGCUUUUGCGAGCCAUCGGCAGUACCUGUACUAUGUGUAUAUCUCAUUAUUUUCUUCAAAUUGUAUUUUUAAGGCGAGUUUAAUGCAAAAUAAGGCUGUAGCUGUACACGAGAAUACGAAAAAAAGGGGUUGUUUUUUUUUUUUUUGUAAGAAAGCGCGUGUGAAUAAGUCGGCAUAUGUAAAAUGUAUAGCAAUUUUUCUCUCCUCUCUCACGAUACAUACGGCAGAAUAUGUAUCGGCGAAUUUCUAAUGGAAAAUAACACGAGUGUCAUUCGCGCACAAAUACAAUUUUUUUUCCAUGAAUGUUAAAAAUUGAGCCCGUGUCCCAGUAUGCGCGAGGCGUAACGCGAUUUAACUUAGAUUAUUUUUAGACGCUGAAAACGAGACUCGCGUACAUAUAGAGUGUAAAUGAAGAUAAUUCUCGAGUUGAUCGGCGCGAAAUUGAUUUCAUGUCACACAUUCGGGUAAAAGGUAUUUAAAGAAGAGGAGAGAUCUUAAUGAGUAAACGAAGUUUUUUUCUUUUUUUCUUGCGAAUCGUUCCAACACGGCGACCGCCGGAUUUUUAUGACGUCCUAUACUCAAGUCUGCACUUGAAAUGAGUUAAAAGUAUAUCCGGCACACUUUUGUCCCAGUAAUAAACGAUUAAUUACCAGUCUGCCCUUUCCCUUUCCUCUACCACUAAUAGUCUGAUUUUAUUGAUUCUGAACUAACUGAUCUUGGUCAUACACACUUCCGAAUCAAUUAAAUAUAUAGUACUAUAGUCUUGAUAUUUCUUGGGAUAUAUGAUACACAACUUAAUAAACUAAAAUAGCGCAUAAUCAUCUCUCUUUGUACUAACGUGAUAGAUUUUGAACUCGUACUUGAUAUACAUGUACACCAUAAUAAGUCUACGAUCGCAUAAUAGAUCAAGAUCUGUGUUUUUUGUGUAAGAGAAAACGUAAUAAUAUGUCGUCAACUAUUAUGUAUCGUCAUCGGGGCACUACCGUCGUCGUCGUUGUCGUCGUUAUUCUAAGGUGAAAUCCGGGAGCGAAAUAAAAAAAUAUGACACAUUUAAAAAGAAGGGAAGCUUGAAUGUACUUCCCUGAGCAAUAUUGUGUAUAAUUUUGAUAAUUGAACAAUUUAUUUGAAAGCCGUCUUAAGUAUAAAAGGAAAAAUUAAAAAUUUAAACAAAACAGAAAUUUAACAGAAAUUAUAUGUGUCUAUUUAGAAGGAGAGGAGGUAUUCUAGCAAAAUUUUCACAGUUUAAUUUUAUAUACUAAUUCUUGAAUUCUUUUUAUAUUACUUUUAAAGAAAAUAGAAGUUGUUUUCAUAAAAAAAUAUAUUGAUACAUGCAGUUUUUAAUCAAUUUCAUCGCUGAAUCGAUUAUAGUUUUUAAAAUCACUUGUAAUUUUUCAAAUUUCUUAAGAUUUGAUCUUUUUUUGACCAAUGUUGGACAAGAAGUCUAGUUUUGUGAAUAACAAAUACUGAUUUUUAUAUAUAUUGGCGAAUAUAUAAAAAUAUAUAAAAUACGCGUUGAUACAUUUUCUGUGAAAAUAUGUAUUUGCAAUGUUAUAACAUAUGUAAAAUAUACAUUUACAAAUACAUAUAUGAAUUCGUUAUUUAUUAUUCGGUAAAAUACAUUUUGCUCAUUGAUUUGACAUUUUGCGCUUGAUUUUAUUUCUUCUUUUAAAGCUUAUAUGUGUUCUAAAAUUUGAAAUAAAUAAUUUCGCAUAUAAAUGUUAACAAUUUCGCGCAAAAUCAUUGUCAAAUCAUCAAUCACAAUUUAAUAUUCAAAAUUUAUAAAUGUUGUCAAUUUUUAAAUUCAAAAAUUUAAAAUCAAGUUUUUGUGAAAUUUUCAGCAAGAUUUUUUCUUAAGACGGUUUGAAAAUAAGCUCUUCAAUUCCAUAAUUGCUUACGAUAUAUCUUGAGUGAAACACGAAAUACUCGAUAUUGUGCGUUAAACUUGAAUUUAAAUCUGUUCUCCGUAUAACGUGAAUAUUACGAGCUUUUUCUAUAAAAUUCUCUCUAACGACGCGAAGAUAUGCCUGAUGUGUGGCUCUUGAAAUUAUGCUGUUUCAAUGGAAAACAGAAUCAUUGUCAUCAAAUCAUCAUCAUCAUCUUAUUCGGCAAUCAGAAAUCGCGUCUCGUUUCGUUAACGAAAAAAAAGAUAUAUAUUUUCUUCUAUUCUUCUUUUCUAGUCUUGUCUUUGACCUCUGUGUGGUGCUGUUAUAACAAAGUAAUUUAACACAAUUAAACACUUUUCAAGAGUGCGAGAGAAUUUUAUAUUCUUAAAAAAAAACAAAUCUUUCGCUGCACGACGGAAACGAGGGAUUGCGAAUAUUUAGCAGAACUGAAAUUCUUUAAGUGUUUUGCAAAAACUGGAAAAAAAUAAGAGUGUUAAAUCUUUGGCCGCACAUUUUUACGGGGACACAAAUUUUUAUGUUUAUUAUGACAUUAUUAUAUUAAAUCAUCAAAGACUGCGCACAUAUUUUUAUUUUGUCAAAGAAAAAUUGUUGCGGAAUUUGUAUACACCUCAGAGAUCUUGGAACGUCUGUCUGAAUGAGAAGCUGUGUCCUCAUGAUUUAUAGAAUUAGUGGAUAAAAUAAAUAACGGAUUACCGAAUAUUCUCUCUCUGGAAACUAUAACGAAUAAAGCUUACCAAUGAUUAUAUUAAAA